AUGCUAGCCAAUCCUAGACUUGGAUGGCAAAAGCUUCAAGACGUCUACUAUUGUCUCCGACCAUGUUACGAUACUUUAAAUUGGUCAAUUGAAAAUAUAUAUUCCAAUUAUAGGAUAGCAAUAUCGACAAACACGACACUAAUUGCAUUGGCAUCGAAGUUCGUUCCCCAUCCAAACGUCAUAGACAUAUAUUCGCUUAGUGGAAAUAAAAUAUGGUCUGUUAUUUUUAACAGUACUGCUAUAGAACAUAUAGUGGAUUAUGUAUUUAGAAACGAAGAAUUAUGUGUCAUUUUGAACAGUCAGAAGUUUAGAUAUUAUCAAGAUUUCAAAGGUAAUUUUACUGAACAUUCGUAUACCAAAGAUCUAGUAUUUCUCGAUGAUACAAGCAUACACAACCCGUUAAAUGAACAGAAUGGAAACGUAAGCGCUGAUAAUGGAGGCAAUUUUGCUCCUCAACUGCAAUUUAUAACUGAUUUAGAAAAUAACCAGCAGGAGGAAGUGUUUCAAGUCCACGAAGUCAAAAUUUGGGGAAACUUCCUAGUUUUGAAGUUGACAAAUAGGUUCAUAAUCACAAACUUAGAUACGUUCACAAACUACCAAAUUCCAUUUGCAAGCUCUUUAAUUUCCAAGAUGCAUUGUAUUAAUCCCUUGAAUUUCAAUGAUGAGUCUUUGAAUAUUCUUGUUAGUUUUGACAAGACAAUUAUUCUGAUUAAUAUAGACUUUAGUUUGAGUAAUUAUGAAAUUAUAGAUCAUGGGUUAACUGAAGGGCCUUUUACACAGUUAGCAGCUUCACCCAAUGGUCAGUUGAUUGCAUUAUUUAAUUCGCAAGUCGAAAGGAUAUUUGUGAUCAACAAUAAAUUUGACCAAGUUUUACUAGAAUAUGAUACGUCUAAUGACUCAUCUUUGCCAUACCAAGUGGAAUGGUGUGGAAAUGAUGCUAUCGCCCUCUCCCUAAAGGAUGAAUUGAAGCUAAUUGGGCCUGGGCAAAAUUCAAUUUCCUUUUUUUAUGAUAUUAUUGAUGAAGAAGACUUUGACCUAGAUUCGUUUUCAAAAAGCAAUGAUCAGGAUGAAUUUUCUUUUACUAUUCCAGUAUUUAAAACUGAGCCAGAUGGCUUAAAAAUCAUUACUAAAAAGAAAGUUGAGUUUUUAAGUCGAGUACCUGAGGUUAGCAUAAACCUACAUCAAAUUGGAUCAUCUCAUCCAAGCAGCAUAUUACUUGAUUGUAUUGAUAAAUUAUCUCAACAUUCAUCUAAGUCAGAUACUAAUAUAUCCCUCUUAAAAUCAGAUGACUCCCUUCUCCUAGCAAUUAAUGACUGUUUAAAGGCAUCUCUCAAUGAAUUCAAUCAAUCAUGGCAAAAAAAAUUACUUAAGGCAGUAUCAUUUGGAAAGACAUAUUAUGAUGAUUUUUAUAAUGCCGAUGAAUACCUAAAAACGUUGAACUAUCUUAAAGUUUUGAAUCAGUUAGGAUCUCCAGAGCUUGGAAUAUUCUUAACUUACAAUGAACUUGUAAAUAUUGGUUGGGAGGAGCUAAUCCAAAUGUUAUUGAGGAGAGAUUUACAUUUACUUGCAUUAAGAGUGAUUGAUUUACUUGAGUUGCAGAAUCUAAAAGAACUUGUAUAUAUACAUUGGUGUUGUUACAAAAUAAGAAAAGAAUUAAACAUGUCUGAUAUGGAACUUUUUGAAAUAAUUUCUAAGAAGCUAACAUCAGCUAUUGGACCAGCUAAAUAUUCGAGAAAUUAUAUAACCGUCGACAAAAUAUCAAAUGUUGCUUAUGAGGAAGGACGUAUCAAUUUAUGCAAACUAUUGAUUAAUUUUUCACCUUCAGUAGUAAAGAAAAUAAAUCAAUUUUUGAAAUUCGAGGAAAUUGAGUUGGCAUUGAUCAACUCAUUUCAAAGUGGAGACUACGAUUUGUGUCGCUUACUUUUAUUACAUCUACAUGAUGUAUUAUCGGUAUCUCAAUUUUUCAAAAUUUUAAAUCAAAACGAACAAAAAGGUUUAAUUACCGAUACAUCUGUCAAAGAAUUUAAGGAUAAACCCCCAUCCAACGAAUUCUUGUUUAUAAGCGGUGACUUAAUAGGAAAUUUUUGGGUGGAGAGUAUUGGCAAAUUUGAUAAAUCAUCCUUGAAAAGAUUUUAUAAACAGGAAGAUAAGAUUUCGGACCUCAGACUUAUAGAAUUGAAAUCUUUCAUAACAAAAUCAAGCGCUAAUGAAACAGAAAAUGAAAGUUAUUAUGAUACGUACAAGCUACAAUUGUCAAAGCUAACGGGUCGGACUACUAAUAAGAAAAGUGCAAAAAUAUACCAACGUGAAAUAGAGAUUUUAGAGUUAAAGAAACGACUUUCGGAGACAUAUCAAGUCAAUUUUUUUAAAGAGAGAUCGGUCAAUUCAAUUCUCAGAAAAUUAAUACAGAUGCAUCAGUUAAAGCCUGCCUUAAAAGUUGUAAAAGAACUAAAAAUUCCUCAGGAGAAGUUUUGGUAUUUAGUCCUAGACGUAUACGCAAAGACCAAUGAAUUUGACAAAAUAUAUCAGUUCGUGUCGCAUAGAAGUGAUACAAAAAGUGACAGACAUGUUUUAAAGUCUCCUAUAGGUUUUAAACCAUUUGUGGAAACGUUUAUGGCAUAUAAAGGACCGAAGGAUCAAAUAUCGAUCUACAUCAACAAUUGCUCUGACGUUCACUAUACUGAAAAAGUUGAUAUGCAUAUACAGAAUGAGGAUUUGAUUCUGGCUGCUAAUGAAGCAUUCAAAUAUAAAGAUAUUAACCUUUUAAAGGACAUUAAAGAAAAAGCUAUAAGCCUUGGUAAUGGGCAUGAAAAUAUUUUGAACGUAGUCAAAAGUUAUAUUACAAGAUUAGGCUAUUGA